AUGCCGCGCACCAAGGCGGUCGUCCGGAACCUCCCCCCCGACCAAGACGCGUCGUCGUUCUUCGCCUCCGUCGACGCGAGCGGGUUCGACGGAACCACGUGCGCGUAUCGCGACUUCGUCCAAGGGAAGCGCAAGACGCGCGUGGUGAUCCCGUCCGUCGCGCACGUCGGGUUCGACACCGAGCGCGCGCUGUUCGACUUCGCCGCCGCGUUCGACGCGAGGGCGUACGACGACGCGUUCGGCGGGGAAUGGCGCGCGAGGGUGGAGUACGCGCCGUACCAAAAGAUCCCGCGACUCAAGCCGCGCCUUGACAAGCGCGAGGGCACGAUCGAGCGCGACGCGGACUAUAAAAAGUUCGUCGAAAAGCUCGCGGAGGACCCGGUCGCGAUGCAGAGCGCGGAGGUGUUGCUGGACCGGAGGGAGCGCGAGAAGAAGGCGCUGGAGCGCGCGAACGGAGGGAAGGCGCCGGUGCGACUGAGCGCGCUGAUGAAGCAUCUCAUCGCGAAACGCGAAGCCGAGCGGAGCAAGCUCGAGCGGAAGAAGAAGAAGGCGAAGGCGAGGAAAGAGAAGGCGGCCGCGGGCGGCGGCGGCGGGGAUCGAACCGGCGGCGGCGCGGGGGGCACCGCGGAGGACGAACGGACGUUAGGGAAGAAGGCGAAGAAGUGGGCGAGGAAGAAGGCUAAGGAGGCGGAGGCGGCGGCGGCGGCGGCGGCGGCGGGUGGGAAAUCGAACGCGAACGCCGCCGGCGGAGGAGGGAAGGGGAAGCGACCCGACGCGUCCGAGAAGCAGACGCAGAAGCUCAUGCGACGCAUGACGGUAAACGACGGCGGCGGCGGGGAUCGAACCGCCGGCGGGGUCCCGAAGCCGAAGAGCGGCAGCGGGAAGAGGGCGGGCGGGGGAGGAAAGGGCGGCGACGGCGGCGACGCCGCGCAAACGCCGGCGGCGAUGAAAACGCCGAAGAUCCUCGCGCGGCCGCAGACGACCUCGACCGCGCCCGCGCCCGCGAACGGCGGCGGCGGCGGGGUGGGCGCGAGUAAACCCUCGAAGAAGAAGGCGAGGCCGGACGUGCAGAUAUAUGUCGCGCCGGGCGCGCGCAAAGGCGACGGCGGCGGCGGCGGCGGCGGCGGCGGCGGCGGCGGAGAGAAGGGCGGCGUCUCCGCGCCGAAACCCGGCGGCGGCGGCGGCGGUGGGAACAAGAAGCAUAAGCACCCACCGCGAGCGAAGGGCGCCGUCCCCGCGCCGAAAGUAGGAUGA